GAGAGAAGAAGCGAUGCGACUGGCUGGGGCCAGGACUUGUGUGUGUGAGGUCGACUUUUGCCCAUCCACCGUCAGUUGUUUCUGGUUUAUGCAUACCAAUUAGUUGUUGCUGUGGCCGAGGCGAAUUUACAGGAUCUGGCCCCCUAGUGGGUUUGCAUCAUGGACCGGGCAGAAGAUAGCUUGCCGUUUCUUCAUGGCUCCAGUGGCAACUUACCGCAGUUGCGGUCCGAACUGUCGGCAAGUCUUCUGGGCAUGUCCGGCUUAGACAGCGCUAGCUUGCAGGAUGAUAGUCUCACAGGGGCUGUUGCAGCAGCAUCGGGCAUUCCGCGUAAUUUGGACAGCAUCGGUAACGUCUCACCCCAUCGCACUCGCUCCAUUCGCGACCAUGAAGCUCAAAUGUCAGAUCUGAAGAAGGAGAACUUCAGUCUCAAGCUACGCAUUUACUUCUUGGAAGAGCGUGUCAAGAUCGCCCAGCAGAAUGUAGACGGUGGCGAUGGUGAAUUCCAGCUGAAUAUUGACUUGCAGGUCGAAGUAGCCCAGCUCAAGAAUGACAACCAGGACAAGCAGGUUCUGUUGCAACGGGCUGCUACUGCCAUUGACACGUUGACACGCAACAAUGAUGAGUUACAAGAAGGGCACACGGCUGGAGAGGGACUGCGAGCUGAGCUGACAACUGCCAGGGAGGAACUGGAGCGUUUGCAGCAGGAGUCCAAGUUCCACCACGAUCGAUACCAAGAAGCCAGCAGCGAGUUGGGCAGCCUAAAGAGCAUCCAAGAGGAUCACAUUGGGUUGCGACGCCAUCACGACAACCUGGUGCAGCAGACGACGGCAGAGAAGGCGAAGCUGGAAGAUCAGUUGAAUGAGGCACAGCAGGAAAUUGACAGAGUGCGUGGCGUUUUGACUGCUACUGAAGAAGCUAAGCAGCAACUUAAUGAUGCUCAUUCUGCCUCAUCGUCGCUGGCUGAGCAACUGCCAGCACUCCGCUCCGAGCUGCAUGACAAGAUAGCCACAAUUCAGGACCUGGAAAGGAAUCUAGCCGAUGUGUCGGGAAAGAAUAAGAACUUGGCGAAGGAGAGAGAUGACAUCCAAACAGCUGAAAGCAAGAAGUCCCUGGAACUUCGGUUGGAAAUCCGCACACGGGAUGCUCGCAUUGCUGACCUGGAGUCAGAGGUUGCUCAUCAGCAGGAACUCCUGAAGGGUGUGGAAGCAAACCUUAGAGAAUCACAUGGCACAUCUGCACAACGGGCUGCUCAUCACUAUGAGGAGCUGAUGGCCCAGCACACGAAAGACCUGGCUGAUACUCGGGAGAAGCUGCAGGCUGCACGACAGCAAGUUACGCAGAAGGAUGUGCAGAUUGCGGCGCUAGAGUCUCAGCUUGCGGAGCGUGAUGGCCGACUUGCGAUGUCGGCCACGGAGGUAGAUUCCAAGUCUGAUGCGCUGCAGCUGGCGACAACCAACGCGCAGAAGAAUGCCGAUCAUGUGAAGGAACUUGGCGCACAGCUGAAGGAGAGGAAUGCUGAGUUAGCACGACUGCGGCAACAGCUAGCCGACACUCAAGAUCGUCUGGAUGCAGCAGCACAGGACACUGAGCUGCAGUCCGAUCAGGAUGCAGCACAACGCGAUUCUCAACUGCGUGCUCUGACGCGUGAGCUCGACAAGCUACGUGCAGCACUCGACAAAGAGCGUCAGUCUAAGGGUACCCUUCAGGAGAAUAUCGAUGCUUUGAAGGACGCACUGUCCAGCAAAGAACAGUCUCUGCAGAAUGUUCGCCGUCAGCUAGAUCACUCUGCACAGUUACAUCGUCAGCGACAGACACGCCUAGAGCAACAGUAUCGGGAUCAGAUCGACAGCCUUACUCGUGAUCUCAGUCGCCGAGACGAGGCUGCUUCUCGUCUCUCUGAAGCAUUGCAGGAGAAGGAAGAAGCCAUCAGGGGCUUGUCUGAAAUGGCCGGUCGGCUCAGCGGAGAUGGCUCCUCAGAUCAUCGUGACCUUCAUGUCCGUCAACUGACCAAUCAGAUCAUGGAGCUGCGUCGAAAGAUUGAGCAACUCACCCAGGACUCCGAUGCCCGUGUGGACGACUUGGAAAAGCAGCUGCUGCUGCUGCGCCGUCAGAACAGCAAGCUGCAGCGAGAGCUGAAGGAGUCCCAGGAUGAUCUGCAGCAAAGCAAGAGACUCUCAAAGCGUAAAGACGACGCCAACGAGAGUCGUGACAACUUGCUGGAUGUGUUGAAUCAGUCGCUUGGAGCAGGCGAUGGAGAUGAGACGGCCAUGAACCUGCUGCAAGCGGAGCUGACGGCGCGUGAGAAUGAGAUAGCAGCGCUGACGUCACAGCUGCACGAGAAGGAGAAAGAGCUGCAGGCGCUGCGAGCGGAUCAUGACCAAACGCAGAAGUCGCACGCUGACUUUGCUCAGCAGCUGCAGGCAUCGCUGCAACAGAAGGACAGCACCAUCGAGAGCUUGCUCCGGGCUGGCAAGGACAAAGAUGAGCAGCUGCUACGACUCACGGAAGACUCAAUGUCUCGCAGCGGUCAGAACGCCAGUACUCGAUCUCAGCUGGAUGACCUGCGAGAUGCCAACGCUAAGCUGGAGUCGAUGGCGAAGAGUCGAGAGACCCAGCUGCAGUCCUAUCUGGUUGCUGCUCAGGCCAAGGAUGGCGUGAUCAAGAGUCUACAAGAGCAGCUACAGAUGCAACGUGGCCGAUUAUCCAUGUCGCCGUCACGCCGUACACCUGAGAGUAUCGAGGCGGACCUGUUGACAGUCCAAGCCCAGCUAAAGGCGUCUCAGGAAUUGGUGGACGUGCAGCGACGACAGCUGAACGAGGCACGCCAGGAGAAGGAGCGUCUGCAGAAGCAACUUGAUGCUAUCACCAUGGAAGCUAUGGCGCUGGGCAGUGGUCCAAGUCCCGGGUCAGAUGGCUUUGCCACGCCUGACCGCUCCAGGACGGUGGAUGACGAGGCUGUGCGCUUGCGUGGCAAGCUAUCAGAUGCAGACGCACUGGUGGCGAGUGUGCGCUCGCAACUGGCCGAUGCCCAGAGGCAGAGCCAGGCACUGCAUGCUCAGCUGGACGUAGAGAAACUGGCAGCCUCUCAGGCAAGUCGAGUGGCCGAGAAGUUGCGCAGGUGCGAGGCCGACCUUGCACGGGCACGCUCCACCGUUGAGGAGCUACGUGAGGAGCUGAGCAGCCGCGAUGCGCAGCUCCAGGACCUGGCCAGGCUGCAAGCACAGCUCAAGUCGUCGCAAGCGGAGCGCGACCUCCUACAGCAGAGAAUCGAUGGCAUGAGAAAGGUAUCAGAUGUGGCCGUCGGCGCUACAGCAGCGGAGCUUCAGAAUGCCAGCCAGGAGCUGGCUCGACUGCAGGAGGCAAACCAAAAACUCCGCGAGGAUCUGCUUCAUGCCAAUGAUGAUGUCAGGAUUAUCACGGCCGAGAAGUCCUCGCUUCAGAACUCACUGGGCAAAGUCAAUGACGAUCUCCAGUCCAAGCAGGCGUCGCUAAAGCAGCAAGAAGCAGAGCUGCAACACCUGCGCGCAGAGCUUGUUUCCGCGCAGGCCAACCUGUCGGCCAGCAAGGCGUCUCUGACAACUGCGCAGGACGAGUGCAGUCGGCUACGGCAUGAACUGCAAGUGGCCGAGAGUAAGCUACGCGAUCGCGACGCCUCGCUGCACAGUGCUCAGGCGGACGCAUCAGCGCUAAGGUCCAGCAUGUCCACUCAGCAGGGCCAGCAACGAGAGCUCAUCCGUGACAAGCAGACGGCGGAGGCGACGGCUGCAACGCAGCUCAGCAGCAUUGCAUCCCUGCGCCUGCAACUGGAGGAACUGACCAACUCCCUAGCCGUGGAGCGUGCUGCCAACAGCAACCUUCGUCAGCAGCUGCUUGAAGCGCAGCGUGAACUCAGCGAGGCACAAGACACGGUAAUGUCGAAACGCCAUGAGGCAGACACCCUCGGCUCAGAGCUGCAUUCGCUACGUCUUCGAUCAGCAGACACAUUGCGUUCGUCUGACGUGUCCGACGUUGCAUCGCAGGCCGACUCCUUGCCGGAUCUUGGCAUGCAUUACCAGGCGGAAACGGCGCGUCUACGCCAGGAGCUGGAGGCCACGCGUCAUCUUGUGGAUCAGCUGAGCGCGGAGAGGAACGCCAUGGAACAGAGGUGCAGAGAGCUGGCAAGAGACCUUGCGGAACAAGCCAAACGAAUUCCCAGCUCUCAAUCCCGAUCGAUCGGUGUCGGCAGUCAUGAUUCGCGCCCGCCAGCCGUACACCUGGACUCUGAUCUGCUGCAGCGCGUACUCAGCGCUCAUCAGGCUGAAGCGGAGCUGCAACGUGAGCUGCGGCAUCUGCUGCGCCACGCCGGCUACUCGUCGGCCGAUAUCGAUCGGCUUCUCCCGCCACCGCAGCCUGCCACCUCCCAUGCGCGGGCGGACGACGGCCUGGCGAGCCUGCGUACGCGCUACAGCGAGGGAGUGCACGCUAACGAGCAGCUGCGCACGCGCCUGCAGGACCAGCUGACGGCGUGUGAGUCCGACCGACAGCGCUGGCAGCGCAGCGUCAACGAGCAGAACAAACUGACGCAGGAUCUACAGCGACGGCAGCAGCAGUCCACCGCCGCAGCAGCAGCACCGCUGACAUCGUCACCGUCGCCACGGGGACGGCCAAUAGACCUGAGCGUCGUCUCCGGACUCACCAUGGAGGACCUGCAGGGCCUGUGCAAGGAUUUGAGCCAGUCGCUGCGUGCCAGCCAGGCGUUGCAGGCCGACCUGCAGCAGAAUCUAUCCAACACGGGCGGUGCUGCGCCAUUGUUCUUACAACACGAGAAGGAUAGGCUAGCCGGUGACGUGGUGUUGCUGAACGAUCGGCUGACACGACUCCAGGAGGAGAACAGGAAGCUGCGUGCAAGACUGGAGACGGGGAUCCACACCGAUCGAGGCUCCAGCACCAGUCCAGCACAGCUGACCGAGCUGGAGAGAGAGCUACAGCAGAGCCAUGCCAUUGCUGCACGAAUGCGUGACACGCUGGCCACGCGCGAACACGAGCUGCCGCCAGCCACUCUCAGCUCGACAUCGCCAAGUCGAGGUCAGCCUGAUCAUGAGGCAUUGGCUGCUCAGUUAUCAGGUAUCCGCCAUGCACUGCAACAGCACACACAAGCCAGCCAAUCAUUACGGGACUGGGUUUCUCAGCCGCGCCAAUCCUCCACAUCAUCGCCCGGCAAAGGAGCGCAGCCGGGCAGCAGUGUCAGCACCGGCACCACCACAGCGAUGACAACGACGACAGGCCUGCCUGGUGGGUUUGUGCACAUGGAGCGGCAAGUCCGCGGCGGACUGGACUCGCUGAGCAAGCUGGAGGCAGCCAUUGCCACUGCCAACGAACACGUCGAUGCUAAUACCGUUCAUCAUUUACUGCAACUAGCAAGACAGGUACGGGCGCAGUUAGAGGCAGCCGAAGCGUUGCUAUCGCAACUGAAGAACGUGGCGCCAGUGGCCGUUUCCUCCUCGGUUGAAAAUGCAUUGCUGAAAGCUGAAUCAGCAGAUCUUCGCCGAAAGUUGGCAGCUCAUGAGAAGGUCAUGUACAAAGCAUUGCAGCACAUUCAGAAAUCGAAAGACGACAAAGAGAGAAGCUCUUCACUCUAUGCUCACUUACAACAUACUGAUGAUAUUGUGCAGCAAAGUAAACGCAAUAUCCAGUCGCAUACCACGAGAUAUCAAUCAUGACAUUAGCCCGAACAAGUGGUUGACACUGCCAAGCUCAGCUGAGUGCUCAAACCGUCAAUCUUCAUUCAGCAGCCAUCAUUCUUUUGAGAUUGUUUUUAUCUCAUUUACAACAGCAAUCUGAUGAUCACACCUUCAAUAAUACUUUAUUCAUGUUACUCCACAAAAUUAUUACCAAAAUCAUGUCAUCUAUUUAUUCGACUUUGUCUCUUUAGGUGCUUCAGCUUGUGUUUUAAAAAGUUAGUGUAUCGUGGAUUCCACUUGAGAGAGAUGCUAGACAUUGAAAGUUACACAUCGAUUUUUGUAUUCUUGUUUUCGUCUCCGCAUAGGCUUUCUGGCAUUACAGUAUGCCACAUCAGUCAAAUUGAAUCUUGAUACGAUCAAGUGCAGCAUGG